CAUCAAAUAAGGUGCUCGAACAUUUUGAAAAUCGAGACAACGGGACGUAAAUAUCUUUAAUUUGAGACGGUUUACUUGUUAAAAAUUGUAUUAUAAAUGUAGUUGAUAAUAUAUUAUGUAUAUAAUGGUCGUUAAGUAUGGAAAACUUUUCAAUAUUUUUGAAAAACUUCGAUGAACUUGACGAUUGUAAACAUCCUGUGCAAAAAUUUUAAAAUCCUCAGUUCUAAAAAAUUGUGCUGAAGAAAUGUCUGACGAAGGCCAACAAUUUGAAAACGUUGUGAUGAUGAAAGCUGGGAUAUUUGCCCCUGCAGAUGAUGAAACAGUUGUCAAAGAACAACCCAUGCAGGAAGAGAAUAUUGAAGUGACUGAAGACAUUCUACAACAAGCUCUUCAAGAAGCAGCUGAGGGUUUUGAACAAGUUGAAUAUGAUGAAACUGAAGCUAUCAAUGGUGAUGAAAUUGUCGCUGUUCAACUCCCUGGGCAAGAGGGAAGAACUAUAGUGUUGCCUCACAAUGCAAAUGUAACAUAUAAAAUUGUAGACGCUGGAAAUGACAAUCAGAUUCAAUUACAAGAAGCUGAUACUCAAAAUGGUACAGUUGUGCAAACUGAACAGUACAUCGAACAUGUUGAACAGCAAGGUGACAAUGAAGUCAUUGUUCCAAAUGAACAAACAGACUUUGGAAAUUACACUAUUGUACAAGGAAAUGAGAAUGCAAAUGUUAUCACUGAGGCCGAAAAGCCCAAAGAUCUUUCAGGAGAUCUUGGGUCAAGUGAAAACCCAAUACGGAUUGUUCAACAAGGCACCCAGUAUCACUCAAUGCAACAACUAACACAGGAACAACUGACUCAGAUUAUGCAAGUGUUACAACAACAACAACUAUCUGCAGCCACUCAGAAAAGUGGAGGUCAAAGUGUACUUUACAAUUCUCAAACUAACACUCGGGUAGUCUACCGUGUUAUGUAUCCCUCUGAGCUUCAUAAAAACUCCCCUAUUGAAAAUGGGAGUGCAACCUCUGUCAUAAACAAAAUCUCAGUAAAACAAAAACAGAUACCCAGUGGUCAGCCUCAGGUGAAGAGAGGGCCUGGGAGACCUCCUAAGCGUAAGAGACUGAACUCAGAUGACACAUCCUCUGUUGAAGGAAUGCCAGAACCUGAGCUAUCCAGGGAGGAAAAAGAAGAGCGAAAAAAGCAAAGGCCACGGACUAGAAGUGGGAGAGUGUCCCGACCACCAAGGCAUAUGACAAAGGACUUCAAACAUGUUCAUGUACUAGAUUGGAAUGAUGACUAUAAAGAGGAUGAUUCUGAUGGGGGCUACACAGACUUCAAGGAAAGUGAUGAGGAAAAUGGGGAAAACAAGGAUGAGGAAUUUCAUCACCCAGGAUUUGGGUCAUCAAAAAAGAAACCCUGGAAAUGUGAGAAGUGUGAAAAAUGCUACAUUGGUCGUGGAGGGCUAGCCAGACAUUAUAGGAUGACUGGACAUGGCCACCUUGAGGAGGACCCUGCGGAAGUUGAGGCCAGGAAGAAAAGAGAAGAACAAAAGGCAAAUGCUUUACAAAACUUGAUUGCCAAUCACCAGGAACUUGGUGUCCAAGGGGCGGAGUCAGGACCUGUCAGUAACCAAGAGAUAGGUAACCAAGGUGUUGAGACAGUGGAAGAGAGCAAUGCAAUGAAACUCAAGGCUGCAUACUUGUCUAAAAAUACAUCAAAUAGGAGAAAGGCCCGUCUUAAUGAGUUAAUGCGGCAAUGUACAGAUGAAGAACUUAUGGAAUGUGUCCUCCCACGACUUAGCCAGGCUGUUUCCAUGUGGGAAUUUCUGCUCAUGAAGGUAGAGAGGGGAAGACCUCCAAAAUUAGACCUACGGCAAAUAUACACAGAAUAUGAAGCCUUACAUUCGAAAGUACGAACCGUGUGCCAAAAUUAUCUUCUACCAGCAGGGAAUACAGUUUCUCCAAUAUCAGAUUGCAAGAUUUUAGAUAUGAAAAACAAAGAAGUUGCAGAAUCACUUGGUAUGCAAGUUGGUCAGUACAAAGUGAAAGAUGACCACUUGACUGAGGAUGAACUUUUCCAAUAUAAAUAUCUCACAUGUAACCCAACCUUAAAGGACAUUAAAAUACCUCAAAAAUCCAACCCUGAGCUGGAAAAACGUCAAGUUCAAUAUGUCAGUCGAGAUCAAAUUAUUACAGAGAGGAAAGAAGCUCCAAAGCCCAUUAUAACUGUGAGUUCAGCUGUAAGAAAUGUUCCAGAAUUUAGCUUAAAAGGAGGGAACAUCCCAACAGGUACAAGUUUACUCAAUAAUAUACAAGUUCAGAACACUGGGAUCUCUGAGCUUAAUAAUGGUGGUGUUACAGAAAUAAACACUGGGAGUGUUGGUGUCACAAAUCUCAAUACACAGAAUGUCACAGAUUUCAACACAGGAGUUAGUGUCACAGACCUCAAUAAGGAUUUAAUCAAUAUACCAAACACUUUUCACAAUGGAUUCUCCACGGAUGAGAGUAUCGUUUCUGUGACAGUGGGCUCUGAUUCCCAAGAAGUCUCAAACCCAAAUUCUGAAUCAGUGCACAUGAUUAACGAAUCAGAAACAAACAAUAUCAGUAAUACCCAGAAUCCAACAGAAGUACAAGAGGAAUUUUUACCCCAGCAAACUAGGGUUAUACAAACUGAAGAUGGAAAAGUAUAUCUUGAAAACCCUGAUGGGUCAUUAAUAGAGUUACAACAUUCUGAAGGAGGUAGUAUUCCCUUAGAGACUGUUCAAGCAUUGUUAAAUAUGGAAAAUGUAGCUGAGACUCAAGUAGAGGCUUUUCCUCAAUAAAAACCUUUCUCAUAUAGUCUAAUUACAAGCCCUUGCCUGUAAGAAGGUUUUAUUCAAUGAGAGGUUAGGGAGGGGGUCACAGGGGCUUGUAUCUACCUCUCUGA